AUGGCAUCUGAGCAGCCAGUGUGUCUGUCAAAGCCAUUUGGCGAAGAUGAGAGUUUUGUGCCAUUCUUAUUACGGCUCUUUGGAGGAGGAGAGGACGACGAAGAUGAUGUGUUGGCUUUGUCAGAGCCAUUUGGCAAAGAUGAGAGUUUUGUGCCGUUCUUAUUACGGCUCUUUGGAGGAGGAGAGGACGACGAAGAUGGAGAUGUGUUGGCUCUAUCAGAGCCAUUUGGCGAAGAUGAGAGUUUUGUGCCGUUCUUAUUACGGCUCUUUGGAGGAGGAGAGGAAGAUGAAGAUGCAGAUGUGUUGGCUCUGUCAGAGCCAUUUGGCGAAGAUGAGAGUUUUGUGCCGUUCUUAUUACGGCUCUUUGGAGGAGGAGAGGAUGACGAAGAUGAAGAUAUGUUGGCUCCUGCUGCUCGAGUCAGCGAAAUAGAAGAAGAAGUGCACAUUGAAGCGAGUGAUGGUAGCCACCAGUCUCAGACAGAGUCGAAUAGGGAUGAGAACGACGAUGAUCAGCACAUAAGACAAGGAACGAUCGAGGACUUCCACCCUCCGGCAAGAUCGGUCUGCAAGAAGCAUGUCUGCCUCUACACCCUUGCCGCCUGCAUAACCUCCUUUUCGUUAGCUUAUGUACAAGCAGCGAUAAGCGGGUCGGUGGCGUACAUGAAGAUAGACCUGAAAGUAUCCGACCUCCAUCUUAAUAUUGUGGCGGGGGCCAUGAGCGUCGCCACGAUGUUUGGAUUGGUGAUGGCGAGAUGGAUUUCUGAUCGGUAUGGCCGCCGCAAUACGAUUGUGGUGGCGGGGGCUAUGUAUUUCGUUGGCCCCCUUGUCAUGGGUUUUGCCCGGAACUAUGCAGUUUUCUUGGUCGGCCAAGUCAUUGCCAAUUUGGGCGCCGGCUUCGCUAGCAUGAUUGCCCCCAUGUACGUGACGGAGAUUUCUCCUCUCUUCUCCCGCGGCUUCUACGCCUCCUGCCCUCAGAUGUUCAUCGGCAUUGGCAACCAGGUGGCCAAUCUGACCAGCUAUUACUUCUCCAAACACCGCCCCAGCCGCGGGUGGCGUUGGAUGCUUGCCACGGGAGCCGUCCCCUCGGUGCUGCUUGUUUUUGGAAUUUUUGCCUUGCCGGAAUCUCCCCAGUGGCUCGUCAUGCGAGGUCGCUUGCGCGACGCCAAGCGCAUCCUCGCCAAGACCUCCAGGUCGGAGGAGGAGGCCACGCUCCGGUUUGCCGACAUCAAGAAGGCUGCCGGAAUACCUGAAGAGUUCGACGACGACGCCUACACGAUCGCCGACCAGGACACCGGAGCAUGUGGCAUGGACACCUUGGCGCUCUUUAGCCCAAAGGUUUUGGAGACUGUUGGCAUCACCAUGUCUGUCGGGAAGCUUCUUGCAAAUAUGGUGCUUGACAUAGCCAAGAUAUUGGUCUCGUGGGCAGUGGAAGUCUCGGCGAUUCUUUACGUCAUCUUCUUCUCGAUCGGGCUGGGACCAAUCACGGACGUGUAUUGCACGGAGAUCAUCCCAUUGAGGAUGCGUGCGCAGGUUUAA